GCCGAUUCUACCAGCCGCUACACCUCCCCUCUCCCAGAAGGUGCUGCGAUCCUCAACUCCAACGACGACCUCAAAGCUUUGAUGGACGCCGGUCCAAACAAGAUCCUUGACGAAUACAACGGCGGCUAUGUCAUCCGGGAAGGAUUUGAGGGCCCUGCUGUAGCCUAUACCUCUGAUAGCUUCAGCAACGAGCUCGACCAGCGUGUUGCAUCUGCCCAGGCCUUCGAAAACGCUGUUGAGCACAAGGGUAUCUCCGAGAACGAUCUUCACGACGUCUUUGCUGCCUCUAACAAAUGCUCGCACCCAAAGUGUAUAACUCCUGGACAGCUUGGAAAGUGUGUCACGUACACUGGUUGCUACAUCUGCAGCUCAUCUGGAAGGCGUUGCAUCUAAAUUUAGGCUCGCAGGCUAGCC